UGGCGACCGCUGGUGAUUAUAGUGGUGAAUUAACCAAGUUGAAAAAAGAAGUUUUAAUAGAAAUUAUAAUGUCAGGACAAGUGCCAGAGGGUGUAACUUUGAGUAAUAACCUUCGAAAACAUAUAGUUUCAACUAGAGAUCAUUUUGUUGACUCCUUGGCAGAUGUUUCAGAAAACGACAACAAAGUCGACAAGGACUUGAAUGAUCACUAUUAUCAAUAUAAACUAACCAAAGUGGAACUCGAUGCAUCGAGAAGACUAUUGAAGGAGUUAGAGAAAACUAUAGCCGAUAAAAACUAUAUUAUUGAACUUCUAAAAUCCAAAAGAGGUUAUGUAAACAAUGAUAACGUUGAAAGUGGAACUAGCGAUGUUGCCGCUUUUGACAAUGUUACGGAGUCCGAGGGAAAAAGUUCAUUUACUGCUCGUAAAGAAAAUAAUCGAAAUUCCAGACACAAUCCAACGAGAAGAAGAGAGCCUACUGUGGGAACUUGCGACUCUUUACCCAGUACUGCAGAUUCCGACGCCUCUUUUAGUGGAGCUAUUAAACGUGCAUGGCUUUAUGUAGGAAGAGUAGAUCAAAAUGCAACGAAUAGUAACGUUAAGAAUUAUCUGACAAUGAAGUUUCCGGGUAGAGAUUUUUAUGUAGAGAAGCUACCUAAGAGGGACGAUGCUAAUAGUGUAGCCUUCAAGGUAGCAGCGGACAUGUCACUGAUGGAUGAGUUACACAGACCUGAAACUUGGCCUAGUGGAGUUGUGGUAAAGCAGUUUAGGUUUCUUCGGAACUGGAAAAGAAAUAAACCAGGACAAAACAUCACAGAUUCCAAUGCAUCGUCUGAAGCGCACACAGCAGGGCAUUGACUUCUGGGGCCCCAAACUAUACAAUAAACUUCCUCCUGAGUUUCAUGGCAGGCCCCUGAUGAUUUUCAAGAGGGAAGUCAAGAGGUUGCUUUUGGAUGAGACUAUAUAUUCCAUAGAAGAGUUUUUGUUGAGAAAGAAAAUGUGAUAACUAAUGACUGUUUUUUAAUUUAAUUUAUUUGUUUGUAUGUUAUAACCUCGGUACUAUUGUGAUAUUUUGUAAUUAUUUAUUACUGUCGACACCAUUUGUAAUUUUUAUUGC